AUGUCAGCAUUUGUAAAAGACAAUACGAGCAAAACUACAAUUUAUGUUGAAAUACAAAUUCCUCCAGAUCCAGCAUCACAUAAUCAACAUCGUGGAUUUGGAUUUGUAGAAUUUGAGGAAGCAGGUGAUGCACAAGCUGCCAUUGAUAAUAUGAACCUUUCGGAACUUUAUGGUAAAGUGAUUAAAGUUAAUUUGGCUAGACCAAUGAAAAUCAGAGAAGGAAUUUGGUCUGAAGAUGCAUGGCUGCAAAGAUAUGCACUAAAAUCAACUGAUCCAAAUGUACCAUAUGGAUCAGAUGAAGAAGAUGCUCAUUCCAAUGGUGGUGAUAAUGGUUCAGGAUCACAAGAUCAGUUGAAAAGUGGCAAAUUUAAUAUUUAG